GCCACUGGAAGUGGGGAAAUGGUCUGUACAAUAUGUCAGGAAGAGUAUUCAGAAGCUCCUAAUGAAAUGGUUAUAUGUGAUAAGUGUGGGCAAGGGUAUCAUCAGUUAUGUCAUACACCUAAUAUUGAUUCCAGUGUGAUUGACUCCGAUGAAAAAUGGCUCUGUCGGCAAUGUGUUUUUGCAACAACAACAAAGAGGGGUGGUGCGCUUAAGAAAGGACCAAAUGCCAAAGCGUUACAAGUCAUGAAGCAGACUUUACCCUACAGUGUGGCAGACUUAGAAUGGGAUCCAGGUCAUAAAACCAAUGCUCAGCAAUGCUACUGCUACUGUGGAGGCCCUGGAGACUGGUAUUUAAAAAUGUUGCAGUGCUGCAAAUGUAAGCAGUGGUUUCAUGAGGCUUGUGUGCAAUGCCUUCAAAAGCCAAUGUUAUUUGGUGACAGAUUUUAUACAUUCAUUUGCUCUGUCUGUAGUUCUGGACCGGAAUACCUCAAACGUCUGCCCUUACAAUGGGUAGAUAUAGCACACCUUUGCCUUUAUAACCUAAGUGUUAUUCACAAGAAGAAAUAUUUUGAUUCUGAACUUGAACUUAUGACGUACAUUAAUGAAAACUGGGAUAGAUUGCACCCUGGAGAGCUGGCAGACACACCAAAAUCUGAAAGAUAUGAGCAUGUUCUGGAGGCAUUAAAUGAUUACAAGACCAUGUUUAUGUCAGGAAAAGAAAUAAAGAAGAAGAAACAUUUAUUUGGGUUGAGAAUUCGUGUUCCUCCUGUGCCACCAAAUGUGGCUUUUAAAGCAGAGAAAGAGCCUGAAGGAACAUCUCAUGAAUUCAAAAUUAAAGGCAGAAAAGCAUCUAAACCUAUACCUGAUCCAAGAGAUAUAAGUAAUGGUAUAGAAAAGAAAGGAAAGAAAAAAUCUGUAGGUCGUCCACCUGGCCCAUAUACAAGAAAGAUGAUUCAAAAGACUUCAGAACCAUCUUCUUUGGUAAGUAUAUUAGAAAAGGAAUCAGUUCCAGAGAAUCCUACCUUGGAUUUGUCUUCCUCUAUAGGGAAACCUGAUGGAACUGCACAUUCAUCCAAUACCUCAGAUGUGGACUUAACGGGUGCUGCCAGUACAAAAGAAACUACCUCAUCUACCAUUUCCAAGCAUUAUGGUUUAUCUGACUCCAGAAAGAGAACUCGGACAGGAAGAUCGUGGCCUGCUGCAAUACCACACCUGCGGAGGAGAAGGGGGCGCCUUCCUCGGAAAGCACUCCAGACGCAGAAUUCUGAAAUUGUGAAAGAUGAUGAAGGCAAAGAAGAUUAUCAGUUUGAUGAACUUAACACAGAGAUUCUUAAUAAUUUAGCAGAUCAGGAAUUACAGCUUAAUCAUCUAAAGAACUCUAUUACCAGUUAUUUUGGUGCUGCAGGUAGAAUAGCAUGUGGUGAAAAAUAUAGAGUAUUGGCUCGUCGGGUGACGCUUGAUGGAAAGGUGCAGUAUCUAGUGGAGUGGGAAGGAGCAACUGCCUCCUGACUGUAGGACUGAGGGAACAUUAUGUUCACUGCACUCUCAUCUUCUGUAGGCACAGUUCAGAGCCCUGAAGGAGCUGGCUUUGACUCUCUUUCUGAAACCCCCCCACAUACACAUAUGCACACACAUGCACGCAACCACACAAUUACACACACACACCAAACACACAUUAUAGGGAAAUAUUAGCCUUAACGUGUACCUGUUAACGAAAUGGAUAUUGUCAUAAAAGCUAUCUUUUAAAAUCAGAACAGAGACUUAAUUUUUUAAUCUUAAGAUUUGUAGAUUGUUUCUAGGAUAGGCUAUUAAAAUGAUCCAAACUCAUGCAUGGUGUUAGAUAAUUUUUCUAGAUAUUCCAUUGAGUCAGUUCUUGUGAUUAGUGGUUUUCAGCGCAAACAGAUCAUGUAGAUAGCACAAGUCUUUGGAGAAACGUUGUCUGUUUUGUUACCAAAAUGUUUGCAGAAAUGAAUUUCUAUUUCAAUACCUUUUAGAUUUCGUAAAGUGCAGUGUAUAUAAUGCCUACUGAAAGACUGUAAAAUAUUGAAAUUUUUCUUUCAAGCAAAGUGUAAAAAAUAUAUUGAGCCUGUAAAUUGCUCCAUGACUAGACUUCAUUGUCGUCUUAAUAUAUUCUUUGCAUGUGCAUAUAUAUAUACAUAAUAUGUGUAUAUAUAUGUGUGUGAUUAUGUGACCUAUGCAAUACAAAUUAUGGGAAUGGGCAGCUUUGGAGUAUAUAUAUCCCAUAAUUCUUUUUUCAGGAAUAGUUGCAGUAUUUACACAGCAGCAUUUCUUCUCAGGCUUUAUCAGGUGCUGUUGCUUGCUAUGUAUGAAGAGAAAUAUGUCAAACCAGUGCAGUGUGUUCUGCUGGAAGGGUAUGAACAACAGUGUUCAUGGGCUUCUUGUAAUGCUUUUUAGUUCUGGUCCUUGUAACUCAGCUGUUCAGAACCUAAAACAAAAGUCAGAUAUGAACAUUAUCUCCUACUAGAAGUAACGUGUUCAAGUUUUUGUGGCACAUUAUGAUUGUAAAUGUCUCCCAGUUUUAACAAGUCUGUAGGGAUUCCACAAAAGAUUCCUACAAUGUCUGUAGAAAUGUUAGUGUUUGAUAAAUGUAGUAUGAACAAAGUAUUUUAUUGCACAGGGUUCACAAACAGUAUGUUGCCUGUUGAGGCUACCACUGUUUUUAUUACAACAUUACCUCUUGUUUUUAUAAAAUGUACCAAGUUUUAAAUUGAUAACUUUAUUUUACAUGUAAAAAGACAAUUCCUUUUAUCACCAGUGUUAGAUGUAUUUUCUUAGUCUUUUCCUUUUUUUGUUUUGUUUUGAUUUGUUUUUUUUUUUAGCCAAAGAGUAAACAAAAGAAUAUUCAUAUUUUGGUGGCUAUUCAUUUUACUCUUAAAAAUGACUGGUGUUUAGCUUAAAAAUUGGAAAUUUGCCACCAAAAUGGAAAAAAAAACAUGUAAAAUGUCAUAGAAGAUUGGUUAAAAAUGUGGGUUAGUGCUUAUUUAUUCCAUUAAUUGCUUAUUUGACUGUUUAUAAAGAAAGUUGCUUUAUUUCCUUAAACAUCUUCAAAAGAUGACUUCUUCCUGUCACAUCAUAGCCCAAAGAAGCAGAGAAUGUGGUUGUCCUGCACUUGGUUCCUGGUCAGCCAGGUAUAAAGGAGCUUUACAAAAGGGCAAACUAAAAACUCACCUCUGUUUGCCACCACCAGAACCUGAUUUUUCCCCCUAGCUAUUCAUUUAAAGUUGCCUUUCCUGCAGCUGCAAUAUUUUGAUAACACAGAUUUUGUGUUGAUUUUUGAAUGUUUGUUUAAAUCUAGGGGUAAUGGAAAAAUGUAAAUCCCAUGUAACAUAAUUCAUUCCACUUGUAUUCACAUUAUUUCAUUCUCCCAAAGUCCUUUAAUUCUAACUGAACACCAGCAGUAUUUAUAGUAAAGCUUUCUAUGAUAUGCUUGGAAGACAAUUUAUCCAGCUAUACUGUCUUUAGAUUUAAUAAUUGUGAAUGUCUAUUUGAUUUUAUCUUGGUGGUUCAUAUGGCUCUGAUGUUCAGUUUGUAUUUUUGGAAUUGCUUUACUUAGAAUUAAAACAGGCCAACAUUAAAUGUGUGUAUUUUUAAGAGAUAAUGAGUUUUGCUUUUGUAUUUGUUUGAAAAUACACACUGGCACAGUAAAUGACUACUUUUAGCAUGGAGUUAAGGAAUUUCCAACUCCAUUGCUAAUAUGAUUCCACUGCUAAUUCUGAUUAAUAGUGGAAAAGUUUUACUGCCCUCAUUCUCCCUUUGAUCUCCAAAGCAAAAAAAUAAUUAUUUCAAGUCCAUCUUAAAUUGUCUGUUUGACAAGUAGUAAAUAUUUAGCCAUCUUACAUAUUAGAUAUUUUAAAAAUAGGUAUUUUUCCUCAAAAUAACUCAAUGAGAUUUUUAGCCUAUUUUUCAACUUCUGCUCAUAAAGAGACAUCUACAAGUCAGGAUGAAUCAAGGUUCAUUUGUUAGGGUGCUCCAGAGUUAGAGUUAAAAUUUGCUUUCUACUGAAAAAAAAAAUCAUUUUGUCCAAGUUAAGGGAGUUUAUUUUUAACCAUAGCUUUCUUUACUCUGCUACUAAGAAAUUACUAAUCUUUAAAAUCUCAGAUAAAUGUGACCAGAAUACAAACAUCAAAAUAAUGGAAGUAAAUACCCAUGUCUUUUGUAAAAUGUAAUGCAGUUAACAAGGUCUUCUAUAUUCGUGUAUCAAACUUUGCCAAGAAGUGAGAUCAAACUAGAAGUGUGAGACCAUUUUUGUAUUUUGUGUGUGUUAUGUAUAGAUCAGUUUGGUAAUGUAAAAUGUACAACAGAACUCUUUCUUGCUGAGGCUUUUACUGUAUACUGUAGGGUUUGGGUGGAGGAGACAUGAUCUGAUUUAUAUAAAUAAUAAUAGGUUGUCAUAUAAUUGGGUGGUUAUAUAGAUUGGGAGUGGUCUUGUGAUUGAUUGGAAAGGAAAUGUCUCUAUGUAAUUUUGGAAAGUAAUUUUUUAAAUGACUAUUCUAGACAUAUUCUCCUUAUUGGUGCUUAUUUGUACCAGGGAAACACAAUGUUAGGUGAAACAAUAUACAGGUAGCAGUUAGUUCCAUAGGAACUAUCUUUAAAAUGUUAGAAAUGCAACAGUGUUAAGUGGGAUUUAGUUAUAAGGCAUAAUGAAUUUAUUACAAAACUGUAUUGGUUGGAGUAUAUUUAUAUGAGUUCUGCCUUAAAUGUGGGAAUUUUUUUUCCAAAUUUUAUAUGAAUGCUUUCCUAAGUAUACACGCCUGAAAAAUUUAUUCUGAUUCUUUUGUGGUAAUUGAUCAGGCAUGCUUUUUGGAAGAAAAAAAACCAAAAAAUUAAACAUAUCUAAAGUAGA